UGGAUAAGGGGUAUUUUUAGUUUGUAUUUAUUAUAAUCAAGAUAAUUCCUCAAGGGGAGAUCAGGCUUUGUGCCUCGCAUUGAGGCUAACAAGUGUUUCUCUUUUUACUUCAUUAUGACUUGCUGUAGGCCAACACGUAUUUUUUAUGGGAACAGCAUAUUCCUUGGAGUUUGGCAGGAAACCCACUCGGUUUGUUUGCAAACACGCCGCGUGAUCGUGCAGGGCGCAGCAUAUGCUGCACGCGCACAUGCAAAUAAGAUAAGAUAAGAAAGACGGACUGACUGCCUGGCAUACAGCGGUGUGUGCAAAUCGUACCACAGUGCCGCGCCUCUCUUUUUUUCACAAAGGGAGUUAAGUGCACUUCCACAAUUAGCGGCUUCCAUGAACGUGAAACGCGACGAGGGACGCGUACACCUGACACUAUGUCCGGUGGCCAAGAGGGGACCGGACACGCGAGGGAAAGAUCCCGACCACCGGGGAGCGACGAGAGGCGCAAAGGCCGCCUCGUGUGCGCUCUGGAGAUGGAGAUGACCAAGCGCGCCAUCUCCAAGGUGGAUUGUGGGAACUUCGACGGCUUAGUGCACAGAAACGGAGGGGACUCGGCGGAGGUUUCCGUGCCCGUGUCUCUUCACGGCAAGAGGGGCACUCAAAUGGAGGGAGACAACCUGUACAGGCUGCGAGACAGAAAGUUCUUGCUGGAGGACAAGAAGCGGCUGUGCGCGCUCUCUUUGGGCUCAGCUCUGCUCGGAAUACUGCUGAUGAUCCUCCAUACUGAGAUGUGCCCAUUCUUCUACAAACCGAUUUUGGACAAAGCUGCAAAGAAAAACAACAAAGAUUGCAUGAAAGGCACCGAUAUUGCCUUAAUCAUGAAUUGUUCCAUCACCCUGUCCACUGGCUGUCUCCUCAUCUUCAUCAUCGCGUUCCAUUACAAGGACAUCAGGCUCUUCAUCAACGAUCACAACCAGGUCGACUGGCGUAUCGCCAUGACCAGCCACAGGGUUUUUCUGAUCACUCUCGAGCUAUUAGCCUGCGCCAUCCAUCCCGUCGGCACAUACUGGGAGGUGGGCCUCAACGGAAACUCGUCUUUCUCACCUCCACUGUGUGACUCCAACCAUCACAACGCGGCCCUGGCGAAUUUGGAGCUGCUGCUGUCGGUGCUGAUGUUCUUGCGCCUGUACCUGGUGCACCGGGCUGUCCUGUUGCACAGCAAAGUGUUGCUGAGCGCCUCCUACAGGAGCAUUGGCUCGCUCAACAAUAUCAAUUUUACCUUCCGCUUCGUACUCAAGGUGCUGAUGAACAAGUACCCGGCUCGCACCCUGCUGGUGUUCAUCCUCUUCUUCUGGCUCACGGCAUCCUGGAUGCUUACCCUUUGUGAGAGACAGACUGCAGGCUCGACAGAUCACAUGGAAACGGCCUUGUGGCUCAUCGCCAUCACCUUUCUGACGGUGGGCUAUGGCGACGUGGCGCCCAAAACGAGCUGUGGCAAAUCGGUGUGUCUCUUCACCGGAGUCAUGGGUGUAGCCUGCACCGCAAUGCUGGUCGCUGUGGUAACCAAGAAGCUGGCAUUGAAUAAAGGGGAGAAGCAUGUGCACUUUUUCAUGCUGGACAUCCAGAUCUCAAAAGGGAUCCGCCACGCUGCUGCAAACGUGCUUCGGGAGUGCUGGCUCCUGCACCGAGCUAACCUGACCAAAGGAACCCGAGGAGAGCACCGAAGACACCAGAGAUGUCUUUUGGAGGCCAUCAGAGUAUUUCGUCACUUGCGCCUCAAACAGAGAAAACUGCGCGAUUACGUCAGUGAGAUGGUGGACCUCCCAAAGAUGCAGAUGAUUAUGUGUGAUCUCAGCGCCAAUUGGAAUAACUCGUAUCGGGAGCUGGAGCAACGGAUCCUGUCUAUGGAGCAGAAACUGGAAGAGCUGAGUCGCUCCUUCCAAGAAACCUCAAAGCUGUUGUCUCAGGUCUUACGUCACCGCAACCAGGAGAUCAGGUGACACGACCACUGCCCUUACUUCAGAAAAGAACAUUUUGUCCGACAAUGUCUACAAAAGGGAGGCGGUGAACAUUUUCACCUGUGCAGAGCUACUUCUACAUCCUUCCAGCAUUUUGGAGGAGUGGCAAGAGGUUAUCUUCGGGCCCAGUUUCGGGUGUCCGUCACCAAUCACGACUGUGGAAGAACUCAUCGAGAGCUUUCAAAUGUACACUGUCAAGCUUCAAAACUUGCUCUGUAUUAUUGUUAUUAUUAUUAUACGCCAUUUUAAGGGCUUUGGAUUGGACUUAUCAGUGCCUUAUUUAUUUUAAACUCAUUGGUGGUAGUAUUCAGUUUCAUGAAAGCUUUGCAGAGAUCAACAGGUUUCAACACAGAUUAACAAAAACGCAGUGUUGCCGACGAAGACAUCUUUAUUUGAAAUUGUUUAAAAUCUUGUCGUGUUCGUGUCAAAUGAAAGAUCUUCAUUAUGGGAUGCAGCCCGAGUUUUUGUGGGGAUAUUGAUAACAGGGUGCAAGCUGGCUGCUCUUCAGUGGCCUAACAACUCCACCUAGCGGACAUUGAGUAGGUUGCGUAUAGUCGGAAUUCAAAUACAACAGUUCAUUAAAACCCACAAAUUAUCACAACACAGGAAAAUUGAACCACCCAACAUACGACGUACAGUGAACCCCCGCAUAUUCACUAUUAACAUUCUCAAAUUCACAAUUUUUUCAUUAUUAUCUAAAUAUGUUUUCCUCUGAUUGGUAGUUGCAUAUAUGUCGGCGUUGCCGUUGUCUCUUCAAGUUGACUCCGUUGAAAUUUAGCGGACCAGUGGAUCAGAACGAUGCGCCAAUCAUCCGAGAGCACUUUUUUUCCAAGCAAGCAUUCUGAUCCAAUGUGAAUGUGUCGCUGUGUCCUGUUAAAAUUUGAGAAUGUAAUUUGAGCAUGUGAAAGCUGACGUUAACGAAGCAAUCCCCCAUGAAACAUACCAAAACAAACACAAUCUGGCUCCAAAAUGCUCUGUCAUUUCUCCAAAAAUAAAUUAAAGUGUUGAUUCCUCAAUCCCUCUGAGGUGGGGAGCUUAAUCAGUUUUUGUUUCGCACUAGACAAUAUUUAAGAGGCUGAGAUUCCGAUGAUUUGGAUCAUUUAAACAAGAUCUUUUAACCAUGAAUUGACUAUCAAAAUUGUUGUUGAGUAAUUUGAAAUUUGAGCAGUUGUCAAUUAAUUGAUAAAUCAUCGCUCCUCAACCCUUCUUUGUUACCAUCAUGUGGGUAUCAAUUCACGCAACCUCCUUUUGUGGGCGUCCAUUUCUUGCAAUUUUCUCUAUUCAUUCCAAGGUUGGAUUCGUAUACCCACGCCAAUAGUGGGGUUUCACUGUACAUCUUCCAUUCAAACAAGCAAUCCCAAAACACAUACCUCAUUGGAAAGGAAGCACUUUGUUAGAAAACCUCACACGACUGGACAAACUAUCUCGAUGGGGAGGAUAAACUGGAGAUUUUCUUUUUUGUAUGUGUAUAUUGCUGAAAUCAGUGACAUUUCUUGUAUUCUGCUGUUGUCAAAAUAAAUUGGAAUUUGCACGUCUUUAAAA